GACACGGCCAGAGCACUGAGAGAUAUCAGGUAUUAAUGUAACUGGAGUGAAUAAGGGAACCUUCUUCCUGAGCACAGACAUUGGAGCCUGUUAUCAGCAUGACCUCAUAUGUGUUAGACAAACACGUGAAUAGUUCAUAUCUAUCCUUCACUACAGAAAGCGUCAGAAUGAUACCGCAAACUUCAAAAAUCUUAGACAUCAAUGAUUAUUCACAAACAUUGGGGAUAUCACAAAAGAUGUUAAAAGUAAAUGGGGAAUUGGCAGGAACUGGGCAGCAAUCAUUAUGUACAGAGAGAAAUUUAGUCAUCAAACAAGAGGACAACAUUUAUGCCUUAUCUAGUGAAAUGAUUAACCCAGAGGAUAAACCACACACAUUUACUGAGUUUUCAAAACAUAUUAAAGAAGGGAAAAGUCUACAGUCUAGCCAAAGGAUUCAUACAAAGGAGAAACCUUUCAAAUGUACAGAAUGUGAGAAAAGCUUUAGCUGGAAGUCUCAUCUACUAGAACACUACAAAAUUCAUACAGGUGAGAAACCACACACAUGUACUGAGUGCGGCAAAUGGUUUACACGAAAAAGUAGUCUGAAAACUCAUGAAAGGAGUCACACAGGAGAAAAGCCUUUCACAUGUACAGAGUGUGGGGAAAGUUUUACACGAAUGGAUCAUCUGAAAACUCAUGAAAGGAUUCACACAGGGGAAAAGCUAUUAACAUGUACAGAGUGUGGAAAAUGUUUUACAGCAAUGAGUAGUCUGAAAACUCAUGAAAGGAGUCACACAGGAGAAAAGCCUUUCACAUGUACAGUGUGUGGAAACAGUUUUACACAAAAGAGUAAUCUGAAAAGGCAUGAAAGGAUUCACAGAGGGGAAAAGCCUUUCACAUGUACAGAGUGUGGGGAAAGUUUUACACAAAUACAUAGUCUGAAAUAUCAUGAAAGGAUUCACACAGCGGAAAAGCCUUUCACAUGUACAGAGUGUGGGGAAAGUUUUACACGAAUGUAUCAUCUGAAAACUCAUGAAAGGAUUCACACAGGGGAAAAGCUAUUAACAUGUACAGAGUGUGGAAAAUGUUUUACAGCAAUGAGUAGUCUGAAAACUCAUGAAAGGAGUCACACAGGGGAAAAGCCUUUCACAUGUACAGAGUGUGGAAAAAGUUUUACAGAAAAUAAUAAUCUGAAAACUCAUGAAAGGAUUCACACAGGAGAAAAGCCUUUCACGUGUACAGAGUGUGGAAAAUGUUUUACACAAAUGAGUACUCUGAAAAAGCACCAGAAAAUUCACACAGGUGAGAAACCACACACAUGUAUUGAAUGCGGCAAAUGUUUUAUACGAAGUAAUCAUAUGGAAACUCAUAAAAAGAUUCACACAGGAGAAAAGCCUUUCACAUGUACAGAGUGUGGAAAAAGUUUUACACGAAAGGGUAGUCUGAAAACUCAUGAACGGAUUCACACAGGGGAAAAGCCUUUCACAUGUACAGAAUGUGGGGAAAGUUUUGCACAAAUACAUCAUCUGAAAACUCAUGAAAGGAUUCACACAGGAGAAAAGCCUUUCACAUGUUCAGAGUGUGGGGAAAGUUUUACCCGAAUGGAACGUCUGAAAACUCAUGAAAGGAGUCACACAGGGGAAAAGCCUUUCACAUGUACAGAGUGUGGGUUAAGUUUUACACAAAUGGAUCGUCUGAAAACUCAUGAAAUGAUUCACACAGGGGAAAAGCCUUUCACUUGUACAGAGUGUGGAAAAUGUUUUACAGCAAGGAGUAGUCUGAAAACUCAUGAAAGGAGUCACACAGGAGAAAAGCCUUUCACAUGUACAGAGUGUGGAAAAAGUUUUACAGAAAAUAGUAGUCUGAAAAAGCAUGAAAGGAUUCACACAGGAGAAAAGCCUUUCACAUGUACAGAGUGUGGAAAAUGUUUUACAGAAAAUAGAAGUCUGAAAAAGCAUGAAAGGAUUCACACAGGGGAAAAGCCUUUCACAUGUACAGAGUGUGGAAAAAGUUUUACAGAAAAUAGUAGUCUGAAAACUCAUGAAAGGAUUCACACAGGAGAAAAGCCUUUCAGAUGUACAGAGUGUGGAAAAAGUUUUACAAAAAAGAGUAAUCUGAAAACUCAUGAACUGAUUCACACAGGGGAAAAGCCUUUCACAUGUUCAGAGUGUGGAAAAAGUUUUACAGAAAAUAGUAGUCUGAAAACUCAUGAAAGGAUUCACACAGGAGAAAAGCCUUUCAGAUGUACAGAGUGUGGAAAAUGUUUUACAGAAAAUAGAAGUCUGAAAAAGCAUGAAAUGAUUCACACAGGGGAGAAGCCUUUCACAUGUACAGAGUGUGGAAAAAGUUUUACACAAAAGGAUAAUCUGAAAAGUCAUGAACGGAUUCACACAAGGGUAAAGCCUUUCACAUGUACAGAAUGUGGGGAAAGUUUUGCACAAAUACAACGUCUGAAAUAUCAUGAAAGGAUUCACACAGGGGAAAAGCCUUUCACAUGUUCAGAGUGUGGAAAAAGUUUUACAGAAAAUUAUAAUCUGAAAACUCAUGAAAGGAUUCACACAGGAGAAAAGCCUUUCACGUGUACAGAGUGUGGAAAAUGUUUUACACAAAUGAGUACUCUGAAAAAGCAUGAAAGGAUUCACAAGGGAAGAAACCUUUCACAUGUUUAGAAAGUGGAAAAAAGGUUUUUAUUGAAAUCAGGUAUCACAAAACACCAAAUAUUUACACACAAAUAAACUUUAUAUACACAGUGUACAAAUCUUUUUACAGUUAUCCUAAAGAGGACAAACUCUCUAAAUAGAAGCAUCAAAAAGGAUCCUAUUGUAAAUAAUACUUUCUAAUCCCAGUUAUAAAAGCCCCAGAUUGGAAGAGCUCUCCUGCUGUCCUUUGUUCCUCUAUAUAUGUGCACCUCAGUUUCUCUCAUAUAAUUUGGAUAGAAUCCAAACACCAUACAGGAAUAUACAGAUCUGUCCUCAUACUGACCAGUUUACACAACCAUUCACCAUCAAAGCACCCCCAGUGUUGUUUAUUAAUAUUCCAGUGUUAGGAGUUGUACAUUUGUUUUACAUAGGGAAGGAAAUAAUUACAUUUACAGAAUAUAGAGUCUUUAUAUGAAUAGAGUGUUAGAAAUUUAUAUCAACAAGAACAUCAGUCUGAAAUGAUUGACAUCUGGGAGAUAUAUUUAAUGUGCUCAUCAUGUGGAUAAAUCUUUUCUUAUAGCAAUAGAUGCUUAGCAUUGUACAUGUUAUAUACCAGAGGAAUUACUGAGGGGAAACUGAUUUUAUUUAAUGAGACACAAUAUCAGUAACCGGUACAUACGUGAUCAUAAUCGGUUUAAUUUAAAUGGCUACUAUAACCUACAUGUAUACUGGGUAUGUAAUAUGUGUGUCAUGUGAUCAUAAUCAGUUUAAUUUA